UAUUUCAUUAAGGGUUGGAUAAAACAUAUGACAUGGGACGAAAGGACGAAAUGUUUGGCUGCUUGUUCAUCCGACGGAUGGAUGACGAUUUGGUCAAUGGACAGCGACCAACCCAUUCACGCCACAAAGGUCGAUGACGGAUGUAGGAGUUUGGCUUGGCGUCCAAACGGAAAACAAUCGGACGCCGCGGGUGUGGACGCGGCCAGGAAAUCGGCCGACAAUUUCAUUUUGGCUAGGUGAUGGAUUUGGCAAUGGGAAGAUUGUCAUUUGGACUCCGCUGGAUUCAAAGGAAAAGACAAAAAUUCUCAAUCAACAUUUAAAUUGGGUAGAUUCGCUGUCGUUUUCACCCGACGGGCGGUUUCUCGCAUCAGCGGACUCGCAUGGGAUAUUGAUCAUCUGGGCAACUGAGAAUUGGGAUGAACCUGUUUACAUCAGCGAAGAGGAAAUAAGAUGGGCCAAUCGUUGCUCGUGGUUGUCUUCGUCUACGGAUGUCCCUAACUACAAAUUGACAUUCGAAUCACGCGAUAGCAAGGUUCAUGUUAUAGAACACACCGUCAGCCAGAGUGAAAAGCCAAGCGAAGAUGUCAACGAUGAAAUGAAUGAAGAUCGCCAAGGAAUUACAAAAACUGGCGGAGAAUUUUCAAUCGGAUCCAGUGGCGACUUGAAAUAAACGACGCAAUGAGUUGAAUACAUUCUCCAUCGAACGAAGAAUGUAAUCCAAUCCUGUGGCACUGCAAAUAGUGGAUUCAGCACAGUAUUAGGCUAUCAAACAAACAAAAAUGAUAUAAAAUUAAAAAAAAUAAAACUACUAUUUUAUAGAAGGUGAAGCGAUGUGCGAGUAGAGUGGGGGUAGUGUGAGCAAAAUUUUAAAAAUGAAUUAAAUAAGAAUACCAUUAUUAUCGGUAAAUUAAAUUGCUGUAGACUUUGUUAUCUAGAGACAACAUGUACACGUUGACAGAAUAUCAAUUGGUGUUGGUUUUUAAAUUUGGAAUUAUUUGAAAUUGAUUAUUGUUCGAAUUUUCAAUCACUGUUGUAGUAAAAUGUCUAAAUGUACUAUAGCCUUUACAAAGCCAUAUGAUAAUACGUGUUGGAAUGAGUAACAUAAUAGAUUGUGCUGUCCUGGG